GCUGUUGCACGCCGGGAGCUUUGUGGUUGUUUUCGGUUUCCUUAGCAGUGUUAGAAUGGUUGGCUGGCUGUUUUAUCGUUGCUUUGCUGGCCCUCGUUUGCAGAGAAUUCAUCGUUCACCGGACCAAUCUCGAUAUGAGGGAAGGGCGGGAAGGAGGCAGGGAUGGAACUAUCAACCCACGAGUGUGGAAAAACACACUGACAGCAUCCUUAGUUGGGCUUCAGCUCUGUUGUCUGUGUCCUACUACAGUUCUCCUCUUCUGCUCUGUUAUCUGUACAAGAAAGAUUUCAUCUGCUGUAGUAAAUUGCUUCCACUGAGUCAGUAUGUGGGAACUGCGCUGGUGUGUCUUCUCGGUGUGGCCUGUCUUAGAGGGUGGGGGAGAUGGAAGAACUCAGAAUAUCUUCAGUUCAUCUCCAUUCUUGAAGAAACCAAGAAGAAUCACACAGAAGCAAACAAGAAAAAACUGAGGUGCUAUGACUUUGAUUUCUCCUACUGGCCUUUUGAUUUCAAAUGGACAGAAGUCAACAAUCUGAAAAUAACCAAGGGUGGUGUUUCCCUGCUGAAACAAGAGCCCAAACUAAGAGGCGCAGCGGACAGUAUCCUUAACACUGUGCGCACUGUGCCGUGUCACAUUAUCAGUUUUCUAAUUGCUCAUUCAUUUGGGAGGAGGAUGUUGUAUCCUGGAUCUGUGGGUUUACUACAGAAAGCCAUGCGGCCUAUGCUUCAGCAGGGACUGGCUAAGUUAGUAGAAGAGUGUGACGGCCAAAGGAACAAACUGGUGGCCUGUGAUGGCAAUGAAAUUGACACUAUCUUUGUGGAUCGAAGGAGAGACGGUGGAUCAAAAGGCCGGACUUUGGUUAUCUGCUGUGAAGGAAACGCAGGCUUCUACGAGAUUGGCUGCAUGAACACCCCACUGGAAGGUGGGUACUCUGUACUGGGCUGGAACCACCCGGGCUUUGGGGGCAGUACGGGAGUACCGUUCCCCCAGAAUGAGGCCAACGCCAUGGAUGCAGUGAUCCAAUUUGCUAUACACAAGCUGGGCUUUCAACUUAGUGACAUUGUCAUGUACGCCUGGUCUAUCGGCGGGUUCACAGCCUGUUGGGCAGUGAUGUCAUAUCCAGAGAUCCAGUCAGUGGUGUUGGAUGCCUCAUUUGAUGACCUCCUGCCUUUAGCCCUCAAGGUCAUGCCUGACAGCUGGAGACCUUUGGUACAGCACACAGUUAGGCAGUACAUGAAUCUCAACAAUGCAGAGCAGCUCCUCAAAUACCAGGGACCAGUGCUGCUGAUCAGAAGAACCAGAGAUGAGAUUAUCACUACAACGGGUCCAGAGGAUGUGAUGUCUAACAGAGGUAACGACCUCCUGCUCAAACUACUACAGUUCAGGUAUCCGAAGGUUAUGACCGAUGAAGGGCUCAGAGCUGUCAGACAGUGGUUGGCAGCCUCAGAUCCCGUAGAGGAAGCGUCGGUGUACAGCAGCUACAAAGUGGACGAUGACUGGUGUGUGUCUGUGCUGCGGUCGUACCAGACUGACACAGAUGUGCUGUUUCCAUGGAGCGUUGGUGAGGAUAUUGCACAAGAGGAGAGACGACACCUGGCUCUUUUCUUGGCACGGAAGUACCUGCAAAACUUUGAGGCGACGCACUGUACUACUCUUCCUGCGUCGGAGUUCCACUUACCCUGGAAACUGUAAGGAAGGGGGGGCAGCAGAAGGUUCUGAUCGUGUGCAGUCACAGCCUGUACCUGACACAUAGUGAAUGUACUGUGAUUUUUGUUGUUUUGUGUGUGUGUGCGCAAGGUCCCCCCCCUCUCUGUAACAGAUGUGUCGUGAUGUACAAUCUUGCUGUUUUGGCAUACAGAGAGCCAGAAGCCUGUAAAAGCACCCCCCUCCCCCAUGUUAAAGGAUAACCUUCUCUGUGCUCUACUCACCUUUGGUAAUUGCUUUGUUCAUGAGAAAAGGUUCUUUUGGGAAAUUAAUUCAGGAAGGAAUGAAUGAGAGUGAACAGGGUAGGUGUGCCAGCAGUUAUAAAAAUCCACCAUACAUUCCAAAUGGUAACAAAAUAUCACUGCAUCGUUUUGUGGAAUUGUUGGCACAUUAAAGGUACUUCAUCUGAAGAAAUAUGGUUACCGAGUUGUAUGUGUGUGUGUGUGUGUGUUUUCGAGGCUGAAUGGUAAAUCGGUUGUCUGAUAUAUCACGAGGGGGCCCGUGUUGAUAUGAAGUGCUUGUUCUAACCUUGUGAAAAGGCAUGGACUGCUUGUUGCAGAUACUUAUGUGGCAAUAAACAACCCUGUAAUCCUACACACACUAGUUUUAAGAGCUACUCUAUACAGUUUUAAGGUUGAGAAAAUGCUGGUUUGAGUUACUUGAGAGCUCCACUACAGGUGCCCCACUGAUACCCAUGUAUUUCAGUUUCAGUAGUUGGUCCAAAAA